GGUUUAGGGUAAUGAUAAAUAUAUUGUGUAAAACUGCUGGGGGAGAGAGAAACGUGACUCGGUUGAUAAUUGAUUAAAGGCAACAAAAUUUAGUCACUAUUUAACCUUCCACAUAUGAUUGGUCAGCCCAAACCUCUAGACUUUAGUUAUUUACAUGACAGACCGACUACUUACACAGACGUGGACAGUAAUUUCAUUAAUACAUAGAAUAUAUUGGCAUACAUGAUCCCACAUUCACACUAGCAAGCAACAAAGCGACAUGUAAGCGUUCAUUUCCUACAGUAUAUAUGUCUGCGACACUGACCCAUGAUUUCAGCAACAGCAGCAAGCAACAAUGUGACAUUUUAACUAUUUAUUUUUAACUAUUUAACUUUUUUUUUUUCAAUUCAGUGCAAAUCAUGUAUGGCACGGUAAAGCAACAAAUCCAAAUGAUUGGCUCUACUGAUUGCUCUGAUAAAUGUCCAUGUAUGUGGUCUGACAUUUUUGCAGUUCCCCACUAACAGCUCUAGUUCCCAUUUAUUGUUUGACACACAAAAAAUUAAACUUAUAGCCAUGGAUUCAUCCUAUCCUGCCACAUACGACACAUUAAAUGUGUAUAAAGACAUUAUGAAGAAAAACAAACCUUGGAAAGAAGUAGCAAAGAUCACUGGUGCCUGGUGAGUGAAUGUAGCUAGUAUAUUUAGCUGUCAAUGAACCUUGCAUGAAGCUUGGCAUGUAACAUGUAAAUCAAACAACCGAUUUUCAUAGUGAUUAGUGCAAUAUUUAAUUUGUGUUUAACUAGUUUUUGAAGCUGUAUAUAGCUGCUACCAUUUCUCAUCUGAACUGAAAAAAUAUACUGGACAGUGCAUGCACACAAGCGGCAACAGUGGAGACAAACUACUAGCUAGUUAUGGUGAACUGAAAAGCAAAUUGGGUGUUUUGUUAAAAAUUAAAGCAAAAAAAAAAAAUCAUGAUUAAUCUAUUACUGAGGUCGGCUUCUUGCUGAGUCUCAGUGAUAUGGUUUUGAUUUUUCAAUAUAUUGACAGUCACAGGAUAUGAAUGCUUGCGAAACGAGAUUUCCAUCUGAAAGCUGAUUGUGGAUGAAAGUUGGAUGAGGUGAUCACAUGCUCAACCCUUUUCUGGUGAAGUUUAGAAACAUGUUAGUCUUCUGACUGAGCCGUGCCUUUACAUAUGCUUAAAGUAUUGUGUAUAUAGUCAGAACAGGCAGGAAGAUGGUUCUGUAGUGCAAUUUAAAUGGCAGUAUUUAACAUGAGAAUAGAUGUGUGCUGUUAGGAGCUGUGCUUGUGCUCAUUGGUUUGCAAAUCAGCCUAAAGUGCUUGAUCCCUUGGGGUAAUUCAGGCAGGAGAAACACCUUCUCAGUUUUCAUUAGCACUGGUAAUCCUAACCAGGACAUUAGGCAACAUGAAGUGGACAAAAAAACACUUUUAGCCCACAAUUCACUUGCCAUAUCCGGCUCUUAUGUGAAUCCUUUGGUGUUUGGGAUGGUACCUGUGGUUGUGCACUUCUAUGCCAGAUUGUUUUGUGUGGUUUUUGGGGGAAACAAAGUUUACCAUCAACUUAAAAUGACACUUUAUUGAAUUCACAAAAAUGGGGAAAAUGCACGAGCGAUCGAGCGCGCGCGCGCUCCCAAUGUUACCUUUACCUACAGAAACGCUACUCACUGGAUAAUAUUUACAUGAUAAAUACAUUUAAACGUCCAAAACGGAAAACUACCAGGCUAAAUACUUAUAUUAAAACGUAUUUUUGAGGUACAGCGCGAACACUUUGAAAGAAAAUUACGUCGAAAACGUAAAAGCAGUAAAGCAAACCUACUGUACGUUACCAAAACAGUCGCGACCAACUCUCUCUGGGGGUCUCGGAGGAGCCGCUUUCAAAAUUAAAGCUACUUUCCACUUCGAACUUAAAUAGCUGUUUAAACAUCACGAGAGUAAAGCUAGAUAAUAAUAAAGAGUAUUUAUAAAACGAAGAAAAAGCAAGUUUAUCCGUGUGAAAAGAGUAAAAGCGUAGUUCCGCGGAGUAGUGCUCCCCCCCCUGAGCGGCUGAGUUGGUUUCGCCCGCUGGAUUCUCUCGACCUGAGCGCAGAAGUGAGGCGAAAUGUCUCAUCGCUGUUUCCACACUGGAGCUCUCAACAUACUAAAAUUACAUUUUUUUAUUUACAAAACUUUACUGUUUGGCUUUAACACAAAGGUUUCGUCCCGCUGCUGCACCAAGGAGUUGCUUGUUGAUGUGUUUUCCUGCAUUGGCGGAUCUGAGGGAUUUAAAGGGAAUUGAUGCCUGUUGAAGAGCAGCUCUCUUCUGAACUCUUUAACCCAGGGAUCAUGACAGAAAGCCUGGGAGUCUGGAUGCAGUGCUGAGGUGAGGGCAUCGAGUUCAGAAAGCGUCAAGCAGCAUCAGCAGCAGCAGCACAGUGGCUCCCCCUUCAGGCCGGUCUGUAGAGGUGCUGCAUGGCCACAAGCCCGACACACUGCAGCACGCAUGAGCACGGCUGGAAGGUGAAGUCGCAAUCAAGCAGCAAGACACAUGAUAUGGAGGUCAAAGGUCACCUAAUCACAGGGCCAGAGCUGCAGGGCUCCACGGACACUAAGCAGCGUGCUGAAAGAAUGGUGGAGCUGCAGGAGAGACGGAGGAGCCUUCAGGCUUUACUAAGCACCCGCCUGGCUGAACUCAGGCGUGUGUGUCUCCAGGAGGCGGAAUUGACUGGAGAGCUUCCGAACGAGUUUCCUUUAGAAGCAGGAGAAAACCCCCCUCAUGUGCGGAGAAGAGUUGGUUCAGCCCGCUCCGGCUCCAAGAGCAAUUUAAAAAGCGAGGAGGAAGAUGCGUCUCAGCGCAAAUUGAAAAAGACUCUGUUCAGCGGCGCCCUCCGCAGGCACAUAGAAGUGGAGCAACAGCUGGCUCAUGGAAAGAGGACGACGGUUCACAGAGGAUGUCACACAGAGAACACAGUGAGGUCAGAGAGCAGCUCCACGUCCGACUCCACCAGCCAGGAGACCGAGGAGGUCUCUGAUGGUCCAUCCCCCUCUCAGCCCCGGCUGGUCCCGGGGAGCCCAGACAGCAGGUUCUGUCGGAAACUCUCCCCCGUGGAGAUCUACUACGAGAUGAAAGCCAGACGCAACUCUGUGUCCAGCUCAGCUAGUCCGAGUCGCUCUCUCCCGCGGAGUGUGUCCAAUUUGGAGGGCAGAAGCGUCCCGGCGACGCCCCAGUUGACCCGGAACGGCCCGAUCGGUGUGCAUGUCAGGUCUGAAUCCUCCAGCAGCACUUCAGCAUUAAAGCAGCGAUCAGAUAAUCCUGAAGUAACUCAAGUGGUGCCUGUUCCAUCUCAGGAUGCUUUAUCCCCUGGGCACUUGGGGUGCUCUUACAGCGCCCAAACACGACGCAGCAACAGCUCAGACGCGCUGCUGGACCGCUGUGUGGAUGAAGGUCAGCUAUCAGGUCCUAUGGUCCGAAACGGGUCUCACAAGAGUUCUGAGGCGCUGCUGGACGGCCGUUUGAAACAGGUGAAUGGACACGUGGAGGUGACCCGCGUCCGCUCUAUAUCAGGUGGCCGUGGUACGAGCGGCUCCAGCGGAGGCUACAGUGAAGUCCUGCUGGACUACGUGUGGGGGAAGCAGCAGAAGAUGCAGCAGAUGGCGCAGCAGCAGCAGAGACUGCAGGCUCAGAAUGGUAUAAAAGCACGAGCCUGGCACGAAGCACCAUCUGUACCCCCUCCACCUUACGUGAACGGCUUCUCCUCAUCUCAGGGCCUGAUUCUGGGCUCAGGACCACCAGCCUACAGCCCUCUGAUGCUGCGGGGUAAACCGGGUGAACCUCGGCGGGUCAAGGUGAGCCGAACUAAAUCCUGCGGGCCGUUUAUUCCCAUCCAACAAGGUUACACAGAGAUCCCUGUUGCUAACGGACACAACGGAAUGGGACAGUUGCAGCCGCGGCAAAGACCCCCUAACUACAGCACAGACCUGUCUUCUGGCUCCGCCCCCCAGGACGAAUCUACACGCAACCUGCACAAGGCCCUGGCACUCGAGGGUCUGAGGGACUGGUACCUGCGCAAUGCACUGGGGCAGCCGAGCACGGCGUGCACGGGGAAAGCCCAGGAGGGGGCGCCAUCUCAGCGCAGACGAACCACAGCCUCGCUGCACCCUUCACAUCCACAUCCACCACUUAAACAGCAGGCACAGUCGUUUCAGGGAGACACGGCGUACACACAUCUGCCCCAGUCCGCUACGUUCCAUGGACAUCCAUUACGGUCUGCGGAUUUGUCUCCAUACCAAGACACCUUCUCUUCCAAAAUGGAGGACUUGACUUUGAAGGAGAUGAAUAAUGACAGACCUAGUCCAGGCACACUCGUCUAACAAACACACAUACACACACAAACAUAAGUGAAUAAACGCUGGGUGCAUAAAGUGGCACAACGAGAAGAGGCUUGUUGUAUAGACAGUAUGGAGUCUUAACCAGAACCCAGUAGCUCUGAUGUAAACACACAAUCCUGUUCUUACAGCUCACACUUUAGUGUUAAAAAGAACUGAGAUGGACAACAACAACAACAACAAAAACGACUUCACAUCAUUUUUCCAGUGAUUCAGCAGUGAUUUUUAUUUUAAGUACUAUCAUGGAAAUGACAUAACCCAGGCAACUUUAACAAGGUAGCACGUCAUUUUAAAUCAUGAACUGUACAUUUGACGACUUUAUUGUGUCUGUAUUAGCAUCAUGUUGAUUUGCUUUGCUGAAUAUUUCGAUUUAUUUUUACCAUCUAGUGGAAUCAGUAUUAAAUUUCAGAUCUUUCUCCAUAAAUCAGCUUCAACUCAGAUUCCCUUUUUAAUUAAAAGGGUCAGGAUCUUUUUAAGAAAUCUUUACACAAAAAAAUCCUAUGCAAAUUAGAAUUAAGAUGACUAGAAAAAAAAUAGAUGAAUAGUCUUUAAUAUAUGAUUGUUUAAUUUUUUUUUUCAUAUAGAAUGCAAAAUGGUGUUUCUAACGAGAACGUUUAACCAAAUCUUAAAGAUUUUACUCUUCCCUGGCUUUCUUAGUAUUAUACAAAUUUUCAAUUCUAAUCUUUUGCUUUUCUAAAGUGGAAAAGACAAAAAUAUCCGCUGCUAAAGCAAGGGAAGGGGGUGAAGGUGUGGGUUUUUUGCGUGUUAAGACACAAGGAAUCGGGCAUUUGGUGUACAAGAUGCUGGUGUAUGCAAAAUGUCUGAUGAGAACAGUGUGUGUUUGUGUAUGUGUGUGCGUGUGUAUCUGUGAGAGAGAGAGAGAGAGAGAGAGAGAGACUAGAUUUGACUGUUGCUCAUUUGUGUCUCCUUAUUCAGUAUUCACACAUGCAAAUGGCCCUUUACCAAGGUCACUUAGUCAUCUCAGCUUUGGGUUCAUUAUAAUUAGAUUCAACUGCUAAAAGUAAAAGAGCUUGAUAAUGGAUGAGUCCCAGUUUCUCUCCAUUGUAAUGUUAUUUAUUGAAUGCUAUAUAUACGCCUGCAUAUGAGACUUCCUGGGGCGGCUGGUAUAAAACGGGCUAGCAGGGCUAAGCUCCGCUCUGUCUUUCAAAGAUAAAUAUAAGGUUUCUUUUUUGACGUCAGCAUCAGAUAAAUUACUGUUAAUAAAUUAGGUGGAUUAUUCUGGAUUUUUGUGGAACGAAGCUCAACAGCACCACCAGUGGUCAUAGAAAAUUAAGUGAGGCUGGGGCUGAUUUCUUUCUAGCUCACACUGUAGAUUCAUGUAGCCUAUUAAUAACAGUAGUGACUAGAUUUGGGCUGAUAUUUUUCGCACACAACCUUAACACACCAUUAGAAGUGAUUGAGAAGGGGCAUGGGAAAUACUGAAUGUGUACAUGCUGGAUUAUUUACGCUAUCAUCCGUUCAUCCCGCUGAAAUGGCUUUGCAGGCGAAACUAAGGGUAGAUAGACUAAGCGUAUAUCAUCCAAUAGAAUGAAAAGUUUACAGUUUUUCUGUCUACCAUGUUAGCAUGAGGAAAUACAGCAUGAACCCAGUAGAACAUUACAGAAUAUCUGCCAUUAGGUUUGUGUGUGUAAGAGGCUGCCCAUAUAAUUCUUAUACCAUUGAUGAGUCCUGCUGUUCAACCCUUUCACUGUCAAUCUAUUGGCCUCUGGAGACUUACAAUGUGGUUUAAUCAAACCAGGAUGCCAACUGUCAACCAUCGUGCCUAGCAGCAAUAAGAAUUAAAAAAAAAAGAAAAAAAAAGUAACAUAUAUAACUUUAGGCUUAUGUAAAAACCCACGUAUAGUGUAGUUCAACAUGCAUCUGUGUAUUUUCUCACAGUCAGAUUGUAUUUCAGGCUAAGACUGAAAAAAAAAAAAAACGUCAGGAUUGCAGGCUAAUCCAAAUCAUGUAUUGUGCUCUGGUUUUUGAUAGCGUUAUUACUGUUUUAUAAAUUAACUCUCCUAUUCAAGCGCAUGCGGGUACUCAAUCGUCAGCUCUGCUAACCUCCUAUUCAUGCCCUAGUCCUGUUGAUUUUCUAUCUCUGAACUGAGCCAGUAGUGGUCCUCUUGUCUCAGAAAUGAAACACUCAGCGUAUUCUCUGUGAAAACAGUUAGACUGUUUUAUUGCUGGUUUAACUCACCCUUGUCAACUAACCAUCAGUGUUAUUUUUACGCCCAUUGCAAAAUUAUUAAAAAAAAAUGCACACACACACUAACACAUACACUGAAUACAAAAUCAUUUAUUUAAAACGCAAUUUACAUUCCCUGUUUUUCAAAUUCAGGUUCAGAUUUGAACAAUAUAUUCACUCCAUCUACACAACAUACCAUGCUAGUUUGCUAACUAGUAUCAACCAGGUAUUUAGCAACCUAAUAUGACUGACUGUACAUAGUUUGAAAAUAAAAAAGCUGACUGCACAUAUUACAAAGGAUAUCAUAUGAGAAAUUCACUCCCUUUUCCGCCUAAAUGUGAGUAUGAGUCGACGAGGGUGUGUUGAAAAUAGUAAUGAAACGAGCAUAUUUGUGUAGAAGACAAUGCUAACGAAUGCUACUACUAAAGCAAUCAGGAGCCUCCCUCAGCUUAUCUGGGAAGCUCUAACCUUGUCGCCAAAUGCUGCCAUGUUUGUCUCAGGACCAAACUAAAAACUGCUCCUACUUCCUGUCUUUAAAAUCAACAACACGGCUGAAUGGGUAGCACCGUUGUGAAGCCGCUGAAGUGACAUGGUGGUUAUUUUUCAAUUAGGCGUGGCCAUGAAUUAAUAUAUGGAGGCCACAAGCUAAGUAUCUCAUAGCCAUGAAUUAUUGUGCUGUGGCCAUGAGAGACCAAAGUUGGAGUCACACAUCGUUUAAAUUAAUUAAUUAAGUGAAUAUGUUGUGAAUAUGUUGAUGCUGAAACAGUCUGUCAAAUGUUGCUUGAAAAACUCUAUAUAUUAUCUUCUGGCCUCAAUAUAUUAUCUCAUGGACUUGAUAUAUUCAUUUGUCUAAAUUUAUUAUUUUGUGGCCUGAAUAUUAGGCUUGACAUAUUGACAUAUUUUCUUGUGGCCUCAAGAUGUUUUUGUGUGUCCUCAAGAUAUUAUCUUGUGGCCUCAACAUAUUAUCUCAUGGCCUUGUUAUAUAAUCUCAUGGCCUCGUUAUAUCAUCUCAUGGCCUCGUUAUAUUAUCUCAUGGCCUCGAUAUUUCAAAUUGUGGCCUUGAUGUGUUAUUUUGUGGCCGUAAUGUAUUAUCUUGUGGCCUCAGUACAUUAUCUCUUUGCCUCAAUAUAUUAUCUUGUAGCCUCAACAUAUCUCAUGGUCUCAGUAUAUUAUCUCGUGGCCUCAAUAUAAUAACUUGCGGCCUCAAUAUAUUCAUUUGUGCUUACAGUAUAUUAUUAUCUUGGCCUGAAUAUAUUAUUUCAUGCCCCCAAUAUAUUAUCUUGUGGCCUUGAUAUAGUAUCUCAUGACCUUGAUAUGUCAUCUUGUUGCCUUUUGAAUUAUCUUGUGGCCUCGAUAUAUUAUGUUUUUGCCUCAGUGUGUUAUCUCAUGGCCUCAAUAUAUUGUUUUGUGUCCUUGGUAUAUGGUCUUGUCACUUCCAUAUAUUAAUUCAGGGCCACAACUUAUUAAAAAAUAACCACCAUGUCAUCUCAGAGGCUCCGUACAAGACAAAACAUUUUCUCUAUAUACAUGGCAACACAAGUGACCUCUGUGAAGGUCACUGAAUGUUUACUUUGCUGACUCCAGUUUACUAAACAGUUUUGUAAGUUUUAUUUUCACUCCUACAUUCAUUGGCCUUGUGAAAAAUGUCUUGAACUUUUGCCCAAAGGAAAGGUGUAGCCAGGAGCAUUUUAUUUUGAAUGGAUAAUAACAAUGCUUCAGAAAUAAUUCACUGUUGUUUGAUUUAAUGUUAUGGACACAUUUUGGUAUAAAACACCCUGAUGAUGCUUCUGUCUUUUGUAUAUUACAGGUUGUUUUACAGUUUUUUGUUUUGGUUAACAAAAAAAAAAAGGUCUGUACUAAGCAAUGUAAAUUGUCUUCAUAAAAAAUGUAAAUAUAUUGUUGUAUA